AUGAAUCCCAAGAAAUGUGUUUUUAGAGUUCAAGCUGGCAACUUCUUAGGUUUCUUGGUCCACCAAAGAGGAAUAGAAAUCGACAAGAUCAAAGAAAAAUCUAUCAUGGAAGCUUUGCCACCUUGGAACAAGAAAGCGUUGCAGAGUCUCCUAGGGAAAAUCAACUUUUUAAGAAGAUUCAUAUCCAAUUCUGCAGGAAAAAUCAAGCCUUUCUCCUCCUUGUUCAGAUUGAAGCAGGAACAGAGAUAUAAGUGGGAAGAACAGCACCGGCAGGCUUUUGAGGAAAUCAAACAUUACCUCUCAAAUCCACCAAUUCUAUCCCCACCAAAGAGAGGCAAACCAUUCAAGUUAUAUGUUUCUACAUCAGAAGUAUCCAUUGGGAGUCUUUUAGUCCAAGAUAACAAGGAAGGGAAAGAACAGACAGUUUACUACCUAAGCAGAACUUUGAUAGAACUAGAAAGGAAAUAUACUGCAAUUGAAAGGCUUUGUUUGGCUUUAUACUUUACUGCUAUAAAGCUCAGACAUUACAUGCUACCUUUCACCACUUACAUCAUUGCCAAGACAGAUCUGAUCAAGUACAUGCUAACAAGGCCAAUGUUGAGAUGGAGAAUUAGUAAAUGGACUUUGGCCCUGUCAGAAUUUGCCUUCAGAUAUGUUCCUCAGAAGUCCAUCAAGAGACAAGCUAUUGCGGACUUCUUGGCUGAUCAUCCAAGGGAAGAAAUUGAGAAUAUGGAUUCCAUGGAUAUAGCCAAUGCAGACUUGCUAACUAGAGCUCACACCUGUCUCAAUCAUCUUAUUUAUUCAGUCCAUCUCACCCCCUGGAAGCUAUACUUUUAUGGAUCUAAAACAGACUCAGCCUCUAGAGAAGGAAUUGUUUUGGAAGAACCACUAGGAAUCAAACAUUGUUAUUCAUUCCAGCUAGAGUUCCAGUGCACCAAUAACAAGGAAGAAUACGAGGCUUUAAUCAUAGGACUAGAGAUGCUAGUGGAACUAGGAAUUCAAUCUGUCAAAAUUAUGGGAGAUUCCAUGCUUGUACUAAAACAGAUUACUGGAGAAUAUAAAUGUUUGAGCCUCUCUUUAGCUGUCCAUCUAGUAGUAACCAGAAAUCUCUUGGCAGAAUUCAGGGAGGCCACUUGGGAACAUAUCCCAAGAGAAGAAAACUUUGCAGCUAAUAAGAUGACCCAGAUAGCAACAGGAGUACAGAUGCCCGAAGAUUGUGUACAAAGAAUCAUCAAGGUAGGAAAGAAAAGCCUACCAUCUGUCCUGACCAGAGGAAUGGAAAUAGAGUAA